GGCCCGGGAUUUAUUUUCGGCGACUAAGGUGGUCGGGGGGCGGCCCGGACCCGCCCGGACCCCCCGACCCCCCGGGGGAACAGCGGGGACCGGACCGGACGGGAGAAGCCGGCGUUCCCCUCCGCGCCGCUGGCCGAGCGCGGCUCGAUGUUCCCGGGCCGGGCCGCCCGGGGGCAUGAAGUGGCUGGGCGAGGCGAGGAACAUGGUGGUGAGCGGCCGCAGGAACGGGACCAGGCUGCCGGCCGACCACCAGCACGGUGCCCCAAAACUGCCGCCCGCGGGGAAGGAGCCGCCGAAGGUCGGCAGGAGCCCGGUGGAGCGGAGGUCCAGCCGAUGUAGCGGGGCUUCGGGCUUCGAGGGGCAGAGCCGCUAUGUCCCUUCCUCGGGCAUGUCCGCCAAGGAGCUGUGUGAGAACGACGACCUGGCCACCAGCUUGGUUCUCGACCCCUACCUGGGCUUCCAGACCCACAAGAUGAACACGAGCGCCUUCCCCUCGCGGGGCUCCCGGCACUUCAAGGCGGACAGCCACCCCCACGCCACCCCCAGCAGGUUCCGGCCCCUCAAAGGCAGGCAGGAGGAGCUGAAGGAGGUCAUCGAGCGCUUUAAGAAAGACGAACACUUGGAGAAAGCCUUCAAAUGUCUGACGGCGGGGGACGGAGCCCGGCACCACCUCCUCAACAAGAACAAGGCACAGGAGAGGCUGUUCAAGGAGCACGUGUUUAUUUAUUUGCGGAUGUUCGCGACGGACAGCGGGUUUGAAAUCCUGCCGUGCAACCGGUACUCGUCCGAGCAGAACGGAGCCAAGAUCGUCGCCACGAAGGAAUGGAAGCGGAACGACAAGAUCGAGCUCCUGGUGGGCUGCAUCGCGGAGCUCUCGGAGGCGGAGGAGAACCUGCUGCUGCGGCACGGCGACAACGACUUCAGCGUCAUGUACUCCACCCGGAAGAACUGCGCCCAGCUCUGGCUCGGCCCCGCCGCCUUCAUCAACCACGAUUGCCGACCCAACUGUAAGUUCGUGUCCACCGGCCGAGACACCGCCUGCGUCAAAGCGCUCCGGGACAUUGAGCCUGGGGAAGAAAUCUCUUGUUACUAUGGAGAUGGGUUUUUUGGAGAGAACAACGAAUACUGCGAGUGCUACACCUGCGAAAGGCGUGGAACUGGUGCUUUUAAAUCCAGAGUGGGGCUGCCGGCCCCCGCUCCGGUCAUCAACAGCAAGUAUGGCCUGCGCGAGACGGACAAGCGCCUGAACCGGCUCAAGAAGCUGGGGGACGGCAGCAGCAAGAGCUCGGACAGCCAGUCGGUGGGCUCCAAUCCCGACGCGGACGCCUCUCAGGAUCGAUCUCGGGCCGCCACAAACCGCAAGUGUUCAGCGGGCGGCGGGAGGAAGAGCGGCAAGAACGGAGCGUUGAGCAGGCAGUCUCUGGCGCGCAUCCCGGCCGCGCCCCACUCUACCUCAUCCAGACUGGCCCCCGCCAACGGCUCCAGGGUCCCAAAGAGACUGAGGCCGCAGCCCCCGGCCUCCCGGCCUCCCUUCUCCAGGGGCAAACUGAGGAACCACUGCAGGGGCAUGGAGCCCCGGAGCGGCUCCCGGAAGCUGGGGGUGGGCGUGGGCGACGUGCUGCUCAAGGAGCCCAAGGUGGUUCUGUACAAGAGCCUGCCCCUGCGCAAGGAGCGGGACCCGGAGGACCCCGGGCAGGGGGCUGGCGCGGGCAGGGGCGCCGCCAGGGGCCCGCCUCGUCGCGAGUGCCGGCCGGGCUCCAGGAAGGGGUCGCCGGAGCCCGGGGACCUGUCCCCCUGCGCCUAUGUCACGCGCAGGUCCGUGAGGACGAGGACGACCUGGAAGGAGGCCCCCGACCCCGGGCCGGAGUCCCGCGGGGCCGAGGCCGAGCCCCCCGCCGCCGGCACCCCCCCGGGCGAGGCCGGCCGGCCGGCCCCGGACCCGCAGGAGAGGGAGCCCGGGGGCGAGGGGGCCGGGGCCAGGAAGAAACCGAGGCCGGGGAAGCCGGGCCGCCCGCCGGCCCCCCCGACGCCCGGCUCCCGGGAGCCCACCCCCGUCCCCCCGGGUCCCCCGGGGCCGGAGGGCGGGGUGCCCAGCCUGGUCAGCCCCCCGCACGAGCCGGGGGACCGGGCCGAGGUCCCGCCCGCCCACCCGGCUCCCGCGGCCCCGGCUCCCGUCCCGGGGCCGGGCGGUGGGGGCGGGAGCCCCGCGGCGCCCGACGGCCACCCGCCCAGGGACCGCUUUCGAACAGCCAAGAGCAAAAAGAAGCGGCGCAUCACCCGUUACGACGCCCAGCUGAUCCUGGAGAACAGCUCGGGCAUCCCCAAGCUGACCCUGCGGCGGCGCCACGACAGCAGCAGCCGCGGGCACGAGCCCGAGGACGACGACCACGACGUCGCCGCCGCCGCCGCCGCCGCCGCCACGGCCACCUCCAAGAUCAGCAUCAAGCUGAGCAAGGACCACGACAACGACAACAGCCUGUACGUGGCCAAGCUCAACAACGGCUUCGGCCACGGCGGCGGGCACGGCGGCGGGCACGGCGGGCACGGCGGCGGCGGCGGCGGCCCCACCAAGCUGAAGAUCCAGCUGAAGCGGGAGGCCGAGGGCCGGGGCGGGGACGGCGGGGCCUGCUGCCCCGACCCCCUGGGCCUGCUGGACGCGCGACGCCACGCGGACGGCCCCGACCUGGGCCAGUACGAGGACGGCAGCACGGACCCUUCGUCGUCGUCGUCCUCCUCCUCCUCCUCCUCCUCCUCGGACGACGACGGGGACGGGGAGUACGACGACGAGUUCGAGGACGAUUUCAUCCCCCUGCCCCCGGCCAAGCGGCUGCGGCUCAUCGUGGGCAAGGACUCGAUCGACAUCGACAUUUCCUCCAGGCGCAGGGAGGAUCAGUCCCUGAGGCCUAACGCGUGAGCCGCGGGCGG